AUGGCCGCUACCGAUGGUGUCCCGAGGGAUCUUGCCCUCGAGAUCUUGGCAGCUUUGUCCGAGUCGUCCCCGAUUCUGUCCGCCAAGACCUUCCCCAAGUCGACCUUCACCGAGAUCAAGGCUGCCCUCGACCGCCUCGCUUCCCGGGAGAUGACCAAAUAUGACACGCUGGAGAGGGAAGAAUACACACUUGAACCAGAAGGCGAGCAGAUUGCCGCCAAUGGCAGCCACGAAGCGCGCGUCUUUGAGGCGCUGCGACAGGCCAUGGACGGCUUGACGGUGCAGGAGAUUGAGAAGGCCAUCGGCGACAAGUCUAUCGCAAAGCUCGGCCAGAGCAAGGCCUUCAAAGAGAAGUGGAUCUCCAGGACGAAGGAGGGCAAAUUCAAGACUACGGCGGACGCUAUAAAAGACGUGACUCGGGAGCAGGUGCAAACUAUAAAGACAACGCGGACUUAUCCCGACGUGAAAGUGUUGGCCGAGUUGAAGAAGCGCAAGCUUGUCAAGAUGCAGAAGGUCAUUAGCUUCAGGAUCCACAAAGGGCCCAAGUUUGCCCUCGAGAUCGCAAAGGAAGAGACAGACCUGACUGCAGACAUGCUGGUUUCCGGUGCAUGGAAGACGGCGACGUUCAAGCCAUACAACUUCAAGGCGCUGGGUGCCGACCAGAAUGCAGGCGCUCUGCACCCCCUGAACAAGGUCAGAGCCGAGUUCAGGCAGAUCUUCUUCGAGAUGGGCUUCGAGGAGAUGCCGACCAACAAAUUCGUUGAAUCAGGUUUCUGGAACUUCGAUGCUCUCUUCGUACCCCAGCAACACCCGGCCCGCGAUCUCCAAGACACUUUCUAUAUUUCAGACCCCAAGACAGCAGGGAAGCCUGGCCCAAUCUCUCCUAACGACAAACAGGACUACGAGCAAUACUGGGAGAAUGUGCGGCAGGUACACGAGAACGGAAAGUUCGGAUCGAUCGGGUACCGGUACCCCUGGUCCCCCGACGAGUCGCUUCGCCUGGUUCUCCGCACUCACACCACGUCGAUUUCCACAGCAAUGUUGCAUAAGCUUGCCGCGAAGAAGGGGCUCGAUGGCCUCCCACCACCGGCGCGGUACUUCUCGAUCGAUCGUGUCUUCCGUAAUGAGACGGUCGACGCGACCCAUCUGGCUGAGUUUCAUCAAGUCGAAGGCGUCAUUGCGGACUACAAUCUGACUCUGGGAGGCCUGAUGGAGUUCAUGGAUAUCUUCUUUGGUAAGAUGGGCAUUACAGACCUCCGCUACAAGCCUGCGUAUAAUCCUUAUACCGAGCCGAGUAUGGAGAUCUUCAGCUACCACCAGGGUCUUGACAAGCUGGUUGAGAUUGGCAACAGUGGUAUGUUCCGUCCAGAAAUGCUCGAGUCGAUGGGGCUGCCAAAGGGCAUGAACGUCUUUGGCUGGGGACUUUCUCUAGAGAGACCAACUAUGAUCAAGUACGGCAUCUCGAAUAUUCGCGAGCUUCUUGGUCACAAGGUGGACCUGAACUUCAUUCAAAGAAACCCAGCGGUGCGGUUAGAUAAGAGUUAA